GAGAGGAAUGACUUGUAAGCCAAGCUGUGUGAUGAUAUGAUGGCGGAAGAAGAAAAACGGAUGAUUGGGCGGCCACCUCUCUCCCUCUUAUGAAUUCCCGUCGCAGGCCUUCCACUCUUUGAAACAAGUAGAGAGAGAGAGAGAAAGAGAGAGUGGUUAUGGUUCAGAAUUGAAAUGGUGUAGUCUUUUUGGUUUAACUUGCUGUAAUAAAAGCCCCUGUGAAAGAAAAGAGCGGGCUGACCCUCCAUUUCUGCAAAGCUUCCCCUGCUCUCUCUCUCUAUAUCAUAACAUCUCUCUUCCUCUUCUGAUUUUUGGAACCAUGUUCCAGACAUGGGUGCUGCUGUUUCUCCUCUCUACUGGAUUCCAGUUCCAUCUGAUCUUGGGUAUUACCGAUCCCGGCGAUGGUGCUGCCAUGAUUGCCCUGAAGUCUUAUAUGCAAAACACUCCUCCAAAUUGGUCUGGUGCCGAUCCUUGUGGUUCGAAUUGGGAUGGCGUUUCCUGCUCUAAUUCAAGAGUGAUCGCCUUGAAAUUAUCCACGAUGGGUCUCAGGGGUUUUCUGCCUGGUGAUAUUGGAUCGCUCACUGAGUUACAGUUUCUGGAUUUGUCUUUCAAUCAAGACUUGGGUGGUUCGAUCCCUAAAAGCAUUGAAAACUUGAAGAAGCUCACUACCCUGAUCUUGGCUGGUUGCAGCUUUUCCGGUACUAUCCCAGAUGAAUUGGGAAGUCUACAAGAGCUUGCGUUCUUGGCACUUAAUACGAACAAAUUCACUGGUAGAAUACCUGCUUCUUUGGGAAAACUCUCGAAACUUUACUGGUUCGACUUGGCAGACAAUCAACUAACUGGGGGUCUCCCAGUUUCAGAUGGGAUCAACCCUGGUUUGGAUAUGCUCCUCAACGCAAAGCACUUCCAUUUCAACCAGAAUCAGCUCUCAGGUCUCAUCCCACCAAAGCUCUUCAGUUCAAACAUGGUGUUAAUACACAUACUUUUUGAUUCCAACAACUUUAGCGGUUCGAUCCCUUCCACUUUGGGACACGUAAAAACUCUCGAGGUUCUCCGGCUUGAUAGGAACUCUCUUACUGGUCCUGUUCCAACCAACCUUAACAACCUCAGCAGUAUCAAUGAAUUGCAUUUAUCCCACAACAGGCUAACAGGUGCUAUGCCAGACUUGACAGGAAUGGAUGCCCUCAACUAUGUAGACUUAAGCAACAAUUCUUUUGACCAAUCAACGGCUCCAUCAUGGUUCCCAAACUUACAACCACUUACAACACUUAUUAUGGAAUUCGGAAAUCUAGUAGGAGAGGUGCCACAAGAGCUUUUCAGUCUUAGACAACUCCAACAAGUGAGGUUGAGAAACAAUGGUUUCAAUGUCACUCUCAACAUGGGAAACGGCAUCAGCCCAGAGCUGAAACUCGUGGAUUUGCAAAACAAUGAUAUUCCCACAGUUACAGUGGGACCUGGAUAUAAAAAUACUCUCAUUCUGAUUGGCAACCCUGUUUGUGAUGGUCCAAUUUCUAAUACAAAUUACUGCCAUCCCCAACAAGGUCAAUUUGAUGCUUACUCAACUAGUUUGGCAAGCUGUGGAAGCAAAACAUGCCCUUCUGAUCAGAAGCGCAGCCCUCUUUGUAUCUGUGCUUACCCAUAUGGAGGGAUCAUGACUUUUAGAGCACCAUCCUUUUCAGAUGUAACCAAUGCCACUCUGUUUCAAUCACUGGAACAAGAGCUUUGGACAGGACUGGGUCUCACUCCUGGUUCAGUUUUCCUCCAAAACCCUAAUUUUGAUGCCAAUAAUUACCUACGACUCCAGGUGGAUCUUUUCCCCCCAAAUGGUGAGACAUCCUUCAACAUCACUGAAGUUCAAAAAAUUGGGUUUGAUCUUAGCAGCCAAGUAUUCAAACCCAGCAAAACAUUCGGUCCAUACUUCUUCAUUGCCGACCCGUAUAUUUUUCCAGUAUCGAAAGGAAGUUCGAUGAACUCUGGAGUGGUCAUCGGGAUAGCAGUGGGUUGCUCAGUUCUGGUCCUCAUCCUUGUGGGCGUAGGCAUAUAUGCCAUUAGGCAAAAGAAACGGGCAGAGAGAGCUCUCGAAUUGAGCAAGCCUUUUGCAUCUUGGGCACCUAGUGGUAAAGAUAGUGGAGGUGCACCUCAAUUGAAAGGAGCAAGAUGGUUUUCUUAUGAUGAACUCAAAAAGUGUACAAAUAAUUUCUCUGAAAACAAUGAGACUGGUUCUGGAGGAUAUGGGAAGGUUUACAGAGGAAUUCUUCCGAGUGGUCAGAUGGUGGCUAUUAAGAGAUCACAGCAAGGAUCCAUGCAAGGAGGCCUUGAAUUCAAGACUGAGAUUGAGCUGCUCUCUCGAGUUCACCACAAGAACCUCGUUGGACUUGUAGGCUUCUGUUUCGAACAAGGGGAACAGAUGCUGGUAUAUGAAUUUGUUCCGAAUGGAACAUUGAGGGAGAGUUUAACAGGGAAAACUGGAAUAUAUCUUGAUUGGAAGAGGAGGCUCCGUAUCACUCUUGGUUCGGCAAGGGGAUUAGCUUAUCUGCAUGAGCUUGCUAAUCCUCCCAUAAUUCACAGAGAUGUCAAGUCUACUAAUAUCCUCUUAGACGAGAACUUGAAUGCCAAGGUUGCAGAUUUUGGCUUGUCAAAGCUUGUAGCAGACACUGGAAAGGGCCAUGUCUCCACUCAAGUCAAAGGCACACUGGGUUACUUGGAUCCUGAGUAUUACAUGACUCAACAACUGACAGACAAGAGUGAUGUUUAUAGCUUUGGUGUGGUGAUGCUUGAGCUCUUAACGGCUAGGCAACCCAUUGAAAAAGGCAAGUACAUAGUGAGGGAGGUUCGAAUGGCCAUGGAAAAUGCAGGAGCUGAUGAACUAUAUGGCCUUCGUCAAAUACUCGACCCUAACCUUGGGAUAAGUGGUGGUUUAAUGGGGUUCAGAAGGUUUGUGGAGUUGGCCAUGAAAUGUGUAGAAGAGUCAGCAUCUGAUCGCCCCACUAUGAGUGAGGUGGUCAAGGAGAUCGAGUCCAUACUGCAGAAUGAUGGGCUCAAUACGAAUUCAACCUCUGCCUCUUCUUCUGCUACUGAUUUUGGUAUUGGAAAGGGUGCCCCUCGCCACCCUUAUGAUGGAACGAUUAUGUCUACAAAGGAAUCAAGCACUGAUGCUUUCCAAUACAGUGGGGGUUAUUCAUUUCCAAACAAAGUUGAACCCAAAUAG